GACGAUUAUCGAUAUAGCGUGUGUUUGUAGUCCUAAAGAAAGUCAACGAACUACAUUUCCCGACAUCGCUGAUGUAUUUCCGGUGAAGGCUGUAAAUGAAGAUGGCGGCGUCCAGGAGUGAACACGCAACUGUUAUUCCCGGAGGUUUUACAGUGUUGUCACUGAAGUUCAGUGAGGAAGAUUCUGCAGUUCAUCAACUUUGUGUUAAAGAUCAUCGAGUCAGAUCAGAGAAAAACAUCAACAGACCGCUGGACAAAACCCUCUUCAUCCUUAACAUCCCUCCGUACUGCUCACAGGGUGUGGUUACAGAUUUAUUCCAGCAGUUUGGACCCAUCGAGUCUGUAGAGCUGUGUGAGAAACCAGGAGCAUCUGAACCCACUCAGAGUCACCUGACACAAUACUUCAGACAACCACAAAAACAGUGUUUCAGAGUGGGGUAUGUUGUGUUUAAAAACGCCUCCAGUGUGACAGCAGUGAAGUCUCACCCAGCGAGCAGCGCAUUGAUCGUCUCAACUAAAGAGCGGCCCGUCAGAACCGGCAUUCACAAAUGGAUCAAGCAGUAUUCAGAUUCAUUGGUCAGCUCUCAGACUCUGCAGCAGGCUGUGGAUGAUUUCAUGAGUGAGUUUGACCGACUAAAGGAAGAGGAGGCUGAACGUCUGAAGACGGAAGCAGAGCAACAGCAGGAGGAUGAGGAGGGUUGGGUGAAAGUGACGAAGGGCAGCCGUGGCGUUAAGGCCCGCCCCCACAGCGAGAUGGCCAAUGAGAGAACGCUUGAGAAAGAAAAGAGCAAGAGCAAACGAAAGGAGCUGUUAAACUUUUACUCGUGGCAGCACAGAAACACACAGCGAGAACAUAUCGCUGAGCUGAGGAAGAAGUUUGAAGAGGAUAAACAGAAAAUUGCUUUACUACGAGCGCAGAGAAAAUUCAAGCCAUACUAACUCCAUCCCCUUCAACACACUAAACGCUUCAUUAAAGUCUCCUCUGUAUCUCAGUAAUACUGCAUGAGUGUUUGUGUGUGAGGUGUUUUUAUACUGAACUCAUCACUGUUCAACAUCAAACUGUGUGUGACAGAAAUAAAGGAGUUUUAACAACACCA